AUGAGCAGACCAUCCAUCAAUCCGGAAGACGAUGAGGAUAUGAAACUGUUUUACAGAAUUAUGAACGAGACAUCAAGGCAGACUACAAGUGGCGGGUAUGAUAUUCUGGUCGACGACUCUCAAUUUUCCGCGAGCUCCGUUUCGCCAUCUGCAAUUGACAUGGAAGGAAGAGGGACCGCUCGAUAUCCAUCCCAUUUUCCCGCGAGUUCCAAUCCGCAGCAUAUCACAAAUGCUUCCGGAGAGGGGUACAGAGAUCCACCUGCCGACGAUCGCAGCUUCACUACAUGGCCUGACCAAGAUUACCAAAACACGUAUAUAAGCGGACACAACCUUACUCCGUCACAACCACAAUUGCUUCCGCAUACACCCCAUCCUCUUGAUGGCUUUAGCGUGGCUGAUGGCGGCUUCACUGUGAAUUACAAUCAGUCUAAAGACCUUUUACCUACCUACUCUGCUCAACGACCAACGUCCUUGCCAGUCGAGACCUCCCAUGGCCCUCUUUCAGCCAAUGUUGAGGAACGAGACCGACAGACUCAGCAGGCGCCCGACAAUGUCAGUAUGACAUACACUAGAAGUACUGAAAACCAAACGCGAGAUCGUUUUGUGAAAUUAUAUGAUAAGUAUGCCAAGAAAUACGGCCGAGCUCCAUCAUACUGGCCGUUGAACAUUAUCAUACAAAUGGACCAGUCCGACAAAACCGUGAUAUUUGGUUCCAAUAGUUCCAAACCAUGGACCGAGUUGAUCAAUACCGAUAAGGUGCAGCUUGAAGUUCAGGAAGAUGAUCGUUCGGUCGUCAUCAAAUGCAGCGACCCACGAGACGUCUUGGUAUACACCUUGAUGGACGAUACUUGGGGCAUCUUCGCACAGUACAACAAAUCAAUCAAGAAUAUUACGUCGGCUUCGCUCGACGAAAUUGAUAAGGGUGGGUUUUUGCCGGUGAUUGCUUGUCAAAGUCUGAGACCAGUCUCAGAACGAGCUGGUAAGAGCAAAAAUGAGAUUGCAGCUCACUAUCGCUCUCGCUCUGGGAACAUUGAAGACCGUCACAAUUCAGUAGCAACUGAAUUUUCUACCAGUAAAAAUUAUCCUCGCUGUACGGAAUGUGGCGAUUAUUCGAGAAAUCUUGAUGUUGGUUAUAGAGCGAAGUAUGUCCAGUCGAAGGCCAAGAUAGGCAUACAAUGA